UGGUGGUGUUAUGGAUUCUCCGCCGGAGUCGGAAUCUGCUCGGACCACGCCUCGAUUAUCUGUAAUUGAUUCUAUUAAGGGUUGUACGCUAGCCGCAGUUCAUAUUAACAAAGAGGAUCUCAAGCAAAGGAUCACCAUUCCCAAAUACCUCCGCCUCGCUAUUUAUGACGCCAUCGAUUCUAAGGACCUCACCGAUGGCAAGCGCCACGAACCCUAUUCUUAUGAUGACGUCGGAGAUCCCCAAUACCCUUGUGAAUGCCCCCUCGUCACCUUCAUUAAUUCCAAGAGCGGGGGCCGCCAUGGUCCUGAGCUGAAAGAACGGCUGCAGGAACUGAUGGGCGAAGAACAGAUAUUUGACCUUCAGCUUGUGAAGCCUCAAGAGUUUGUCCAAUAUGGGUUGGGUUGCCUUGAGAAGUUAGCUGAUAAUGGUGAUUCAUGUGCUAAGGCAAUUCGCGAGAAGCUAAGAGUUGUGGUGGCAGGAGGUGAUGGAACAGUUGGAUGGGUGUUGGGAUGUUUGGGGAUACUUCACAAGCAAAUGAGGGAGCCAGUUCCUCCAACAGCAAUUAUUCCUCUUGGUACAGGAAAUGACUUAUCGAGGAGUUUUUGUUGGGGGGGUUCAUUUCCUUUUAACUGGAAAUCAUUUGUGAAAACAACCCUUAACAAAACUUGCAGUGGUUCAAUUCGGCAUCUUGACAGCUGGAAAGUUUCUAUAUUAAUGCCUGCUGGCGAUCUUGAGAACUUACCUCAAUCGAUGAGUUCUGUGGAGGAAUAUACCUUUAGUGAUGAAGGACUUGAAAUUGGAGAAUUGCCAGAAAAAAUGUCCCACUACGAGGGUGUGUGUUAUAAUUACUUCAGCAUAGGAAUGGAUGCCCAAGUAGCUUACGGAUUCCACCAUUUACGGAAUGAAAAGCCUUACCUUGCACAAGGUCCUAUUUCAAACAAGCUUAUCUACUCUGGAUAUAGCUGCAAACAAGGUUGGUUCUUCACACCAUGCAUGUAUGAUCCAAAUUUAAGGGGACUUAGGAACAUUUUACGUAUGUUUGUCAAGAAACUCAAUUGCUCUAAGUGGGAACAUGUCACAAUUCCUUCUAGUGUCAGAUCAGUAGUUGCCUUAAAUCUUAACAACUACGCCAGUGGAAGAAAUCCAUGGGGUAAUCUGAAGCAAGAAUACAUGGAGAAGAAAGGAUUUGUUGAGGCGCGUGUUGAUGAUGGUCUACUAGAAGUGUUUGGGCUAAAACAAGGAUGGCAUGCUUCCUUUGUUAUGACUGAAAUCAUUUCGGCUAAACAUAUUGCUCAGGCUGCAGAAAUAAGAUUUGAGUUUAGAGGUGGAGAAUGGCAAGAAGCUUUCAUGCAAAUGGAUGGAGAACCAUGGAAGCAGCCCUUGCAUAAGGAAUAUUCAACAUUUGCUGAUAUUAAAAGAGUUCCAUUUCAGUCUGUUAUGGUUGAUGGACACUCCUAAUAAUGAUUUCACCCGACCCGACCCUGACCCAUAUGUAAAUCGAUCCCACCCUAGGGCCUCUUCUAACUUCUUGUAAGUACUCAACUCAUGAUCAUAAAAAUCAUAAAUAUACAUAUAAGUCAAUCG